AUAGUAAUCUUUUGGGCUUUGGCGUUUUUAGUUUUUUAAUUCGUGGGAUUUGCUUUUAAAUUCUUAAUGCUAAGAUAGAAGAAUGUUAUACUAUGCAUUUUUUUUAUAAUCGCGUUUUGCCUUUUUAGUUUUUCGUAAGUGUUUAGUGCGUAUAUUGUCGGAGUGUUGUUCGUGCGAAAACUUAGGUAUAAUAAGUUGUCUUGUUUUUUACGCACGCCCACUCUGUCGUACCUGGGUGGUGUUGUUAAUAGUGAUGAUACAGCUGUUAAGUUGAUCUAAACAUGUCACUACAGAAGAGUUUGAAAAGUGUUAGUGGUGAGCAAGAUACAACAUCAAUAUGCUCUUCUGUCACAACGCAACCAGAUAGACAUGGAUUCUUUGGUGGUGCACAAUAUAGUCCAGAACCAAAGAGGACUGUUUCGCCGAGUACAAUAUUGAAGCGAGAACAGAAAUGGCUACGUAUGCUUAAUAAUUGGGAGGCUUUUAUGAGCAAAAACUACAAGAAAGUCCGAGAGAGGUGUCGGAAAGGUAUUCCGGCCUCAGUCCGCCCUAAAGCCUGGCUGUACCUCUGCGGAGGUCAGUUACUCCUGGAAAAACAUCCGAACGAAUACGAGGAACUCCUCCAGGCGCCUGGGGACCCCAAGUGCAUGGAGGAUAUCAGGAAAGACCUGCACCGACAAUUCCCCUACCACGAGAUGUUUAUCCGGGAAGAGGGGCAUGGUCAGCAAGAGUUAUUCUCAGUACUGAAGGCGUAUUCAGUAUUAAACCCUAAAGUGGGCUACUUCCAAGCGCAGGCGCCGGUGGCCGCGUUUCUUCUGAUGCACAUGCCCUCCGUACAGGCCUUUUGGUGCCUGGUCAGCAUUAGUGACAAAUACCUUAGUGGAUAUUAUAAUCCUGGCUUGGAGGUGCUCCAACGUGAUGGUGAUAUCCUCCACGCAUUACUCCGUCGGACAGCACCGGCUGUCCACCGACACUUGGUGAAACAUCGCGUGGAGCCAGUUCUUUACGCCACCGAAUGGUUUCUUUGCGCUCUAACGCGCACAUUGCCAUGGGACAGUUUGCUACGUGUGUGGGACUGCUUUUUGUGCGAGGGCGUUAAGGUCUUGUUCAAAGCAUCACUAGUGGUCCUAGCAGGAGCUCUAGGCCCCGCAAAGGUCCGAAAACGAGCGAACGGCCUAUGCGAGACUCUGGAAGUACUUCGUCAUCCCCCGGACAGCGUACUUGGGGAGGAAUACCUCAUGUACCACAUGCAAAGGCUGAACCUAACUGAGGAAGACUUUGAGUUCGAGCACCAAAGGCAGACCGCGCGUCGCCGGGCCAUGGCUAAUAGAAGUGGUAGCUGAUUCAGCGAGUGUUCCUACAAGCGUUAUUCGAAGAAUAACGCCAGGGACAUCUUUCAUACACUAUAAGGUGCUUGGACUAUGUGAUUGUGCGUGGGAGGACCAAAUCGAAUUGACUUGUAUAUAUGAAGUUUUGUAUUAUUAUCUAUGGUGACGUCUGUCAGGACUAUGCUCUAUGGCCGGAAUGAUUCCGAUGUGAAAAAAGUAUAUGUAUAUUUUCUUUUACGUAAUCUUAAGCUUUCGAGAUUUCGAAUUUAUAUAUUUCUGUAUAUUUAAUAAUUCAUUUCUUACGCUUUUCGUAUAUUAACUUUCGGAAUUAUUUUUCAAUUAAUGUUCUAUUCCAUAUUUCUUACAUUUGUAUAUUUCGUACAAAACAUCAUUUUCAUUAGAUUUUUAUUUGGACACACUGUUGCAAAUAAAAUGUUAAUAAAACAAAUUAUGAAUGAUUUUAAUAAAAAAAAAGAUUAUUUCAAUUUAUAGUAUUUAACAUUGUUUGUUUCAAGUGUGUGGUGAUGGUUUUAAUGUAUUAUUCAGCACGAUAUGCCUCAUUCAAAGUAUUAACUGUUAGAUUAAUUAGCAAAAUAGCACAUUUAACAUAAACUCGUCUUGGACUAAAUGCGCAAUAAAUUUGAAGUUGAUAGAGGAGUCGAAUUUACACUGCCUGAUACAUUCCUAUACUUUUAAAUCUGGUUUUAAAUGUGCUGUUUUGGCAUUAACUUGUAGCACACAAUUUUUAAUUUAUAAUGUCUCCUUAUAGGCUUCGAAUCAUUUUCGUAUUAUUAGUUUAACGGAAUAAUAUAAUUAUAUCGAUUUUGUAAUGUAUUUUAAAUUUUAUGAUUGUAAUAUUCGUGAUUAAUCAACAAUUAUUUCCAAGUGAACGUUUCUGCUUCACGUUUUCUAAUGUGAAUUUUUGUAUUUGCAGCACUUCCAUUGUCGAGUAAGUGUAAAUUAUAAUAAAAUGUGAUAAGUCGUUAUUUGAUUACAUAUCCAAUAUAGGAUGUUUACAAGGUAUUUUGUGUACGACUUUGAAACAUCCUGUAUAACCAUUAUUUUGUCAUAUUAGUCGUAAGUGUUGAUAUAAAAAUAUAGGUAUAUGAAAGUACAAUUAGGUUAAUGAUUGUGUUAAUGGGUGAAACAUAACAUUAAAUUAUUGUUGCAGAUUCUAUUUAAAUAUGUACUUUUGAUAGUUUAUUUUACACUCACACACAAGGUUUUCGUCAUUGAUAAAAGCUAAAAUAUAAAUUAUACUUUUGAUAUUCAUUUUGCAAGCAAAAGUUUCUCUAUAAAAUAACGUUUAUUUCCUGAUUUUGUCUGUCAUUUAUUUCUAUUUUUGCCCAACUUAUAACUAUAGUUUCACCCGUUUACAUACAUUUUAUAAUAAUCUAUGGAAAGGGAUUUUGAUUCGCAAUAUGCUUUUUUGUCUGUAUAUUUUAGUGAUUUUGUGUAUCAUUAAAAAUAAUUUGCACAAAAAUAAUAUACAAUGUUGUGUUCUUAGAUAUAUGCAUGGAAGGAUGGAUUUCUUUUCAUAUUUUCUAUGAUAUGAUUUUGGAAAUCUUCAGUGUUGACUGUUGAAUGAAAUUUUUACAUUUUAUUUUUUAAGUACUAUUUUACUUUAUUGAUUAAUAAAAUCUAUGUUUGUAGAGAUUAAACAUUACAUGUUUUUAAUUUAUAUAUAAAAAGUUUAGUAGUUAUCUUAUAUGUUUUGAGCGUAUUAAAUAAAAUAUUGAAAUUUCAUUCAGUGUCGUUAAUCUCUGCACAAUCGAAUGUAGGCUAUGAUUUGAUUAAGUUUGGUGCAUAAUGUUUUUUUAAUUAAUUUAUUUGCUUGGUGCGGUUGGUUUGUUUUCACGUUUCUACUUAAUAACCUGUACCUUUGUAUCUUUUCUUUACAUUUAUUAAGAUAUUUAAUAUCGAAUAAAGACACGGGAGGUUCAGCAUAAUAUUGUUUCGAGUGGACAAGUUCCGUGCAAUAAUAUCAGAGAUUUUAUUGUUUUUGUGUAGUGUUUUUGUAGAAAGAUUUUUAUUUACUGUUACGAUAUAGGUUUGGCCUCGUAUAGCAGCUUAAUACUUAUAUCAUUAGUUUUAUUGGUUAAGGAUUUCCUCAUACAUCUAAUCAUCAUGUGUCUGGGGAAGCUCUUAAUGAAAUUAAAGUGUUUAAAGGCGCAAACAUUUAGCGAAAUGUAAUGUUCAAUAGUAAAUUAACUUAUGCACUCCCAAUCCUAUUUUUAUAAAGUGUAAUCUUUAAUUAGUUAAAUAUAUGCAUAUAUGGAAAUUAAGUUUCAUACUACUGACUGGGCUAAACUUGAUGGUCGCUGUUGAAUUGGAAUGGCAUAAAAACUUAUUUGUAGUAGUAAAGUUUAAUCUGUGACAUUGCAGCGAUCAUUUUGUUAAGUAUAAGGCUGAAAAUAAAGUAUAUCUACUUAGACUCCAAGACUUUGGUCAUGAGCUCAUUCAUUUUUACGUUUUUAUUCAAUGUGUAGUUAAGCGGAUACACUUUAUACAUUUCAGUCUAGAUGUUAUUCCAUAUUACAACGCAUUCCGUAUUUUCAGACUGUUUUAUAUUAGCCUCUUGACUGAUUGCAAUGAAUAUUUUUGUACUGUGAAAUUCCAUGUUUGCAGUUGUAAAUAAAUAUUGUCAGUAA